AGACAAACUAGACCGGACGGCAACCGUGGAAAGUGAGAAAAUAAUUAUUGGGAGGAUAAUGGAGAACUUCCGGGUGAAAUUGCUUCGUUAUUACCGGGAAGUAUUAAAACAGAUCAAAACGAAAGUUGAUUUACAAACCAAGGACACCCUAAAGCGGAUCAUUUCAUGCAGCAGAAAUAGCAGACACAUUAGAAGUCGUUGAUGGUUAAAGUAUUUUAUUCAGACUUACGCAAAACUAAAAACGUUUUAAAAGCGUUUGACCCUUUUUACAUCUUAUUACGUAAACACAUUUUUGUCUCAUACGCUCCUCCCACCACAUAACGUCUUCAUAAAUAGAGGUUCGCUGGUUUUCUAGCCUUCAGCUAUACCUGCGCUUUUGUCGGAACGAGGUCAAAAUGUUUUUCACGCUGUUUUCAGCAACCACCUGGACUUUGCUUGCCCUCGUUUUCACGCUGAUAUUACUGUACGGAAUAUGGCCAUAUCGGUUCUUCAAAAAGCUGGGGAUACCUGGACCGAGACCCCUGCCUUUUAUUGGAACGAUGCUGGGCAUGAAGAAGGGAUUUCUUGCUUUUGACUUAGAGUGCCAUGCCAAGUAUGGGGACGUCUGGGGGUUGUACGAUGCACGAAUGCCAGUGUUGAUGAUUGCUGACCCUGAGAUUGUUAAAACUGUGAUGGUGAAGGAGUGCUACUCUGCAUUUACCAACCGCAGGGAUACCAGUUUUGUCAGUGGACCUAUGGAUGACGCUAUUACAGUAGUCAAAGAUGAAAGGUGGAAACGAAUUCGCAACAGCCUGUCUCCAUGCUUCACAAGUGGAAGACUGAAACAGGUUUAUCCCCUUGUUGCUCGCUAUGCAGAACGACUUGUUGCAAAACUUGAGGAAAUGAAUUUGGAUGAACCCAUCACUGUCAAACAGUUUGUGGCUCCUUACAGUUUAGACACUGUGACCAGUGCUUCUUUCAGUGUAGAGACAGACUCCAUAAACAAUCCAAAUGAUCCAGUUAAUGUUCAAGUCCAGAAACUCCUUAAGAUGAAAAUUUGGCUUUUAUUCUUACUAAUGGCAUUUCCCUUUGGUGGACGUCUGGCAGAGCUCCUGAAAAUUGAGAUUGUGCCCAAGGACAGCAUUGACUUUUUCUACAACAUCAUCAAGAGAUUUAAAGAUCAGCAUCAUGAAGAGAAAUCUGACCGAGCAGACUUUCUACAGGUGUUGAUUCAGAGUGAGAUCCCAGAAAAGACGUAUAAGGAUGAUGAAGAACAGCCGAGUAAAGGUUUGACUGAACAUGAGAUGCUUUCCCAGGCCUUGAUCUUCAUUUUUGGCGGCUAUGAGACCACCAGUACCACUCUAACUAACAUCCUUUAUAAUCUGGCCACCAACCCUGAUGCGUUGCAGACCUUGCACAAAGAAAUUGAUGCUAACCUGAAGAAAGAUGCACCCAUUUCAUACGAGGAGCUGACCAGUCUACAGUACCUGGACCAAGUUAUACUUGAAUCAAUGCGACUGAUUCCCACUGCCCCUCGAAUUGACAGGACAUGCAAAAAAACUGUGCAGGUGCAUGGCCUCACCAUCCCCGAGGGAACCAUAGUUGGGGUUCCUGUGUGGUUGUUGCACAAAGACCCACGCUACUGGAACUCACCUGAGCUUUUCAGACCAGAGAGGUUCAGUAAAGACAACAUGGAGGAGGUGAACCCAUACGCUUUCAUGCCGUUUGGACUCGGCCCUCGUAACUGCGUUGGGAUGCGCUACGCCAUCCUCGUUAUGAAGAUGGUUAUUGUCUGUCUCUUGCAGAAGUACACUUUGGAAACAUGCAAAGAGACCAUGAUUCCACUUGAGUUUGACUGGAAGUUUCAGCCAGUUCAGCCUGUAAAACUCAAGUUUGUUCCCAGAAAUCAGUAAUCAAAGAGGGAGCUGCUACCACGAUGACGUUCAUUGUGCAUUUUUUUUUUCUACUGCUAAAUUUUAAAAGGUUAUCAAGUCAGUGCAGUGUAAACACUUGAAUUUUCUUGCAGCAUUAAUAAAUUUUAAUGACUUUG